AUGGUUUCUGCAGACGCUGUGAGGACAGUGGUCGGGAUCAUAGGUGAGUGGAGAUCUCUUCGUUCACUUGGAUUUCUCCGAUGGCGGUAUCUCCAUGCUCCUCUGAGAUCAUGCUUCCUCUUACUUUUACCGCAGGUAAUGUGAUAGCGCUGGGGCUGUUCUUGUCGCCCGUGUAAGCAUCAUCGCCGACAUCUUCCCUUCUCCCCCAGCCGACCUCUGUGUUUCUCGCGAACGAACUACUGACUCUCUCUCUCUCUUUCGCUGUGGGUCGACAGGCCGACCUUCGUCACCAUAUGCAAGAAGAAAUCGGUGGAGCAGUUCUCGGCCAUACCGUACCUGGCCACCCUUCUCAACUGCAUGCUGUGGGUGGUGUACGGGCUGCCGUGGGUGCACCCCCACAGCAUUCUGGUCAUCACCAUCAACGGGGCGGGGCUCGUAAUAGAGCUCACCUACGUGCUGCUCUUCCUCUUGUACUCGCAGGGGAGGACGCGGCUGCGGGUGCUCGUCAUGCUACUGGUCGAGGUCGCCUUCGUCGUGGCGGUGGCGGUCUUCGUCCUUACCCUUGCUCACACCUACGGCCGCCGUUCCCUCAUCGUCGGAACCUUCUGCGUCUUCUUCGGGACGAUGAUGUACGUUGCCCCACUCUCCAUCAUGGUUCGUAUUCCUCUCAGCUCCUCCCUUCACCUUUUCCUUCUCACUGGAUCACGUAUAUAUAUAUAGUUCACAAUUUCUUCUUGGAAAGCACUCCCCCCCCGCUCUAUUUCUCUCUCUCUCUCUCUCUCCCUCAUAGAUCUGUUGCUGACAUAUUUCUCUCUAGAUCUCUUCGAGUUUAGCAUAUAAUCACAAUACGAAGAAGAUGAUGCGAGCUUUUAGGGCAUCUGGCUGCCUCAGAAACGUGAAGGGAGAUGAUUUGUUGACCACAGGAGUAGAUGAUUUCUUUCUAAAGAUAGAAAAUUUGCGUUAACAUCCCUACGCCCGAGUUUUAGGUAAACACAGAGACGACAGGUGCAUAUUUCCGGUCUACCCUUGGUCUCCAUUACACUCCCAAAAGGGGCAGAUUUGGCCUGACAAAUGGCGAUCGCGUACUCGCAAGCGGGCCUCGGAAAAUCUUGCAGAGUCGAGGAAUAUUAACGUGGGAAUUAACUGCAUCGAGGACAUCGGAAAGACCGAACCACUGCAUGGCUCUUCACACUGACCAGAUCGAUGUCUUUCAUCUUUAUUUGCAGAAACUGGUGAUCAGGACGAAGAGCGUGGAGUACAUGCCUCUCUCCCUCUCCUUGGCCUCCUUCCUCAAUGGAGUCUGCUGGACAUCCUACGCCCUCAUCCGCUUCGACCUCUACAUCACCGUGAGCAAUCUGCACCCUCGUCGCAGAUCCUUCCACCACUGAUCUCCCCUGAAAGGAGAAGAAGAAGAAGAAGAAGAAGAAGAAGAGCUGAUGAUAUCUUCUCUUGCCUCCACGAUCUCUGCAGAUCCCCAAUGGUCUCGGGGUGCUCUUCGCAGUCUGCCAGUUGGCGCUCUACGCGUUCUACUACAAGUCCACAAAGAAGCAGAUGGAGGAGAGAAGGCGCAAGGCUGCGAUGGGCAUGACCGAGCUCGUCAUUAACGGGGACUCCGGCAAGAUCAGGCACGCUCCCGAGAAUGGCCACCUCCCCCCGCCGGAGAUUCGCGAGAUGUGA